GUGUUUUGCAUCUGGGGCGGGUUCGAAAAAAGAGCGCGCGUGUUGCGAUGGCUGCCACUUUGAAGCCUUACCUGACGGCCGUUCGCCACACGCUGACGGCGGCGAUGUGUUUGAGCAACUUCUCGUCGCAAGUCGUGGAGCGGCACAACAAACCGGAGGUGGAAGUCCGCAGCAGCAAAGAACUGCUGCUGACGCCGGUGGUCAUAUCGCGCAACGAUAAGGAACGAGUCCUGAUCGAAACGAGCGUCAAUUCGGUGCGCAUCAGCAUCGCCGUGAAGCAGGCGGACGAGAUCGAGAAAAUCCUCUGCCACAAGUUCACCCGCUUCAUGAUGAUGCGGGCUGAGAACUUUAUCAUCCUGCGGCGGAAACCGAUCGAGGGCUACGACAUCAGCUUUCUGAUCACCAACUUCCACACCGAGCAGAUGUACAAGCACAAGCUGGUCGACUUCGUAAUCCACUUUAUGGAGGAGAUCGACAAGGAAAUCAGCGAGAUGAAGCUGGCCGUCAACGCGCGGGCCCGUAUCUGCUCCGAGGAGUUCCUGAAGCGUUUCUAAGGUGCUACUGCCACCGAUCUCGAUCACAGUUGUUCAACUAUUCCAAGCAUUUUUUGCCGAUUCGGUCGGCAGCGUGCUGCAAGCUAGUGAAUCGCGUUAGAAGCGGAAAUGCAAAGCGUAUUAAUCCUUUCGGAUCGUAUUCAAACUAAACAAAAACAAGUCGAAAGCAUUUUGGUUCGUAAUUUUAU